GGCAGCAGCGCCAAGCAACACCGCCCACAGUCCACUCUGCGAAGAGGAAACCACGUACCAGAGACAGGAAGCAAGGGGGGAUGCGCAGGCACGAUUAAGAAAUAGAUCUAUAUUUUUGUGCAAGGAUUUGUCCAAGGAGGUAGAUCUGUCGUCCAUCUCAGAAAUGGAUUUUGCAAGCAACUGAGCCCUCGCCCGCAUUCCUCGGCUGCCCCCUUUUCCUCCUUUGAUCCGCACUUCGGGACAGUUGCACGUGGGGAAACGUCCUCUCUCUAGAGAGGUGAGUCCACAGGGUGGGUCAGAACAGCCACGAUGUCACCCGAUGAGAUCAUCUACUUGGCGGUGCUUCUGGUCUCCAUCCCCAUUGGCUUCUUUUUCAAGAAAGGGGGGUUGAAGGUCAAGCAGUUCGGAGGAGCGGCUGCCGGGCUCGGCCUCACGCUGGCCACCUGCCACAUCCACACCAUCCACUCGCUCAUCACCAUCCUGGGGACAUGGCUCAUUAUCAACAUCUCGCCACGAUCGUGCCACUACCUGACGCUAGCAUGGACCUUCUCCUACUUGUUCUUUUUCCGCACAGUCACCUACUUUGACCUCCCGGAGCCAACACCUUUCACCAAUGCUGUGCAACUUUUGCUCACUCUCAAGAUGGUGAGCUUAGCCAACGAGGUGCAAGAAUUCACUCAGGCGAAGAAACAGGAAGUGACGUCAUUUGCCAAGUCUUCUGUGAUUGGUGUGAUCCCCAAAAUGCCCGGACUGGUGGAGAUACUGUGCUACAGUUAUUGCUAUGUGGGGCUCAUGACAGGCCCGUUUUACCGGUACCGUACUCACCACGAUUGGCUGAACCAGCCCGAUUCCUCGGUCAUCCCUAGCUGGCAACCGCUGAUUUCUAGGUCGAAGAUGAUACCCAUUUUUGGGGCCUUUUUCCUGGUGGUCUCUCAUUACUUCCCCCUCGAUUACGUCCGAAGCGAUGAGUUCUACGGACGAGGAUUCCCUUUCCGCCUCUUCUACAUGGUCCCCAUCUUCUUCGUCUUCCGCAUGCGCUUCUACGUGGCUUGGCUGUGUGCAGAAUGCGCCUGCAUCUCUGCAGCUUUUGGCGCUUAUCCUACCAGCGCCAAAUCGCGAUCUGGCGGGGGACCCACGGUGGAGUACGAGCCACUCAGCAAAUCAGCCAAUGGAGAUGCAUCCAUCAUUGCCUAUGAUUAUGAGACAAUCAAGAACAUUGAUCCGCAUGGCACAGACUUCUGCGUCAAAGUGAAGGAUGGCAUGCGCUAUUGGAACAUGAGUGUCCAAUGGUGGUUGGCACAGUACAUCUACAAAAGUGCACCUGUCCGUUCUUACGUUAUGAGGAGCGCCUGGACGAUGCUCAUCUCCGCCUACUGGCACGGAAUUCAUCCUGGCUACUACCUCAGCUUCCUUACCAUCCCACUCUGCCUCGCCUCUGAGGGCGCAAUGGAGAGCGGCUUCUUGAGACACCUCUCUUCUGCUGGCCGUCUCUGUGGCGACUGGGUGCAGUGGUUCCUGAAGAUGAGGGCCUACGACUACAUGUGCAUGGGUUUCGUGCUGCUCACCUUUGAGGACACCGUCCGCUACUGGAACUCGAUUUACUAUUGCAUCCAUGUGGCAGCGCUGGCGUUCUUCCUGCUGGGGAAGGUGCUGGGGGCCCGGAGGGAGCGGGUCUCCCACAAAGGCAAAGAGGGAGUGAUGGAGUACCCCCAGUGGCGAGACUGAGAGGGCUGAGGCAAGGUCAGCACAAGCCCCAUGACAUGGGCCACUUCCGUGGGCCUUGGAGGCAGGGAACGUACAUGACACAUGGCUAUUUUUGAUGUGUUUCACUAUUGAAAUCAGAGUUGGGGAUCCAAGAAAAGGAACCGGGAGUGGUGUCUCCAAAUCCCUGUUCUUCAUCUGCGCCCAUACUAGAGGAUAUGGGAAUCCUCACAUCGUUGCAUCUCUGAUAACUCACUCCACAACAGUGUAUCCUCAGGGGAGAAAAGCCCAGACAUCUUAACUCCUAAAUCCUUCCUGUUAGAUUUUCCUUCUAGCUUUCAUUCUGUCCCAGAAAGCUCAGGAGGCCUGAUUCCUAGCAUCUCUCUACUCUUAAACUUUCCCCUCUCUCUCUCUCUCUCUCUCUCUCUCUCUCUCUCUCUCUAUAUAUAUAUAUAUAUAUAUCAGCCAUUUUACAGGGGACAAACUGGGGCUUUGCAAUAAAGAACUGAUCUCCAUUACUUGCCUGCUUCCUGACUGACAUCAUACUUGUGGUGUGCGUUUUUUAAUGCCACAGUUGUAACUUUGAAAUUAUGUGGAUUUUUAUUUUGCGGGAGAGGGGGAAGUGUUGCUUCUGGAUGGUAGGUCAGCUGAGGACACUGAGGUGUUGAAAAGUUUGAAAAAGCCCCAGCCAGGUCAAGUGUGUUUGCAGAUAUCCCUCUGUAGUGAGAUGUGCAAAAACAUGACAGCCUCUCACCAAGUCCUGAAUCAGUGAGCCCCUGAAUGUAGGAGUGAGAUUCAGGGUGGGGAAAAGGCACUUCUGGGCCUAGAAGCCAGCGCAGCAAAAGAGUGGUACAGCAAACAUAAUGUUUUGCUUAUGUAGUGUUGGAAAACUAGCAAUGAAAUGAUAUUUUGCACGUAAAGACUGCCACAUUUAAAUGGAUCAGUGUUGAAUGUCAGUUAUAGGGAGCUGAUUCAAAUUCAACUUUUCAGCCAUGACACUUGAGUUAUGGACUGCAAAAUCACAGUCUCUGGUCUUUGGGACCUGAAUACACACACACACACACACACACACACACACACACACACACACACACACACACUCACGCACAAAUGGGAGCCUUCAAAAGGCCUUGAAAGGGGUUUGGGACGGCUUCUGCCCUGAAAGACAGCCCAGAAAUAUUUUAAAUAAAAAUAAAAUAAAUAAAAGGUGGGGUUUACAUUGCAGAACCCAAAAAUGAUUGUAAUUUUACCUGUCUCAAGGAUAACUUUUUUUUAUGUCUUAAGGAAAUCUAAUCAUGAAACAACCUGUCUGUAAACAUACUUUGUAGCCUAGUCCACUAUAAUGUAAUUGGAAAGCCUGACUGGAAAAAUAAAAG